AUGACGUUUUCUGGUGACGACUACUUAAUUAAUCCUUUAGAAGAUGCUGACGAUGAUGACGAUCUUGAUCCAUUCGGGGACGAUGAUUCGUUGUUCCUGGAAACCGGCGAAGAAAUCGUUAGAAGAGGCACCACCAUCAAGAGAAAGGACACCUUAGGCCGUAGAAACACUACCAAGAGUAAGCACUCAGGAGCUGUUGCAUUCGAAGAUGAUUACGACUUCGACGACGACGACUUCAAGCCCAAGUUGAACUACACGAAGACGAUCAAGAGAGCCAGGCUCGUCAACGGGAACUACGUUAUCGACGCUCCUGUUCCGCAAGCUCUAUUGGACACAUAUGGUAAGAAGAUCGAUGAUAGCGGCAGAGAAAUGUCGUUUAUGAGAUACACAGCUGUCACCUGUGGCCCCUCAAACUUCAUGAACUUCAACUACAACGUUAGACAGGCAUUGUAUUCUCCACCUCGUGAAACGGAAAUCAUGAUUUGUAUCACCAUGUAUAACGAAGACGAGAUCUUGUUGGGGCGUACAUUGAAGGGUGUAUUUGACAACAUCAAAAACUUGACUAACAGAUCGGAUCCCGUAUGGGGGGACGAUUCGUGGAAGAAAAUCGUAGUUUGUAUUGUGAACGAUGGUAGACUCGAGUUGAACAAGAGAACUCAGAAGUUAUUGACCGCACUUGGUGCGUUCCAGGAUGGUUACGCCAAGUCUAAAAUCAACGACCGUACCGUCAAUGCCCAUCUCUACGAGUACACUUCCACUGUAGGCAUCGAUGUAGUCAACGAUAGAGUUCACUUGUGUCCAAAUUCAAACCCCGUGCAGUUCAUGUUCUGCCUCAAAGAAAAGAAUAGCAGAAAGAUCAACUCCCAUAGAUGGUGUUUCCAGUCGUUUGCACCUAUCAUCAACCCCAAAGUGGUGAUGUUGUUGGAUUGUGGUACUAUGCCCGCUAAAGAUGCCUUCUACUACUUGUGGAGAACAUUCAGAGACCCAAAUGUGGCUGGUGCCUGUGGGGAAAUGCGUGCUUCCUUGGGACCCAACAAGAAGUUAUUGGCCAACCCAUUGGUGGCAGCCCAGAAUUUCGAAUAUAAGAUCUCCAACAUCUUGGAUAAGCCGAUGGAAUCUGUAUUUGGCUUCAUUUCUGUCUUGCCCGGUGCGUUCUCAGCCUAUAGAUGGGAAGCAUUGUUGAAUGUGGACGGCAAGGGACCUUUGGAGAAGUACUUCAAGGGUGAAUACUUGCAUCUGGCCCAAAAUGACGAUGAAGAAGAUGACGAAAGAGAGAUAAAGGAACGUAACUUUCAAGAAGCCGGUAUCUUCACAUCCAAUAUGUACUUGGCCGAAGAUAGAAUUUUGUGUUUCGAGUUGGUUGCGAAAAAGAAUCACAACUAUAUCUUGAGAUACGUCAAUGAAGCCAAGGCUGAAACAGAUGUUCCUGAGAAAAUCGACGAAUUCGUCUUGCAGAGAAGAAGAUGGUUGAACGGUUCCAUGUUUGCUGCUGCUUACGCCGUUUUCCAUUGGACGAAGAUCUGGAAAUCAAACCAUUCAUUACUCAGAAAGUUGUUCUUGCAGCUUGAAUUCUACUACCAGUUGGUUACCAUCUUGGUGUCGUGGUUUUCUCUCGCAUCUUUCUUCUUGGUGUUCAGAAUUUUGACCGCCAACUUGGGUUCUACAUCUAUGCACUUCAAUAUUGGUAAGUACUUGGCUGUAGUUUUCCUCUGGUUCUACGUGGGUUCAGUUGUUACUACUUUCGUCCUUGCAUUCGGUAAUACUCCUAGAGGUACUCGAAAAUUCUAUAUGGUGAUAGCGGUCUUUUUUGCGGUGCUCAUGGCCUACAUGAUGUUUGCCGCUGUGUUCUUGGCCGUCCACACUGUCAAUUCUGUUCUUGACGAUCACAGAAAAGACUUCAAAGUCACAAUGCUCUUCACAAACCAGAAGUUUAGAGAUUUGAUUGUAUCUACAGUUUCUACCUACAUCUUAUACUUUGCUGGUGCUUUCAUCUACGGUGAGCCUAGUUUCAUGUUGACGUCGUUUGUCCAAUACGUGUUGUUGUCGCCAACCUACGUCAAUGUGUUGAAUAUUUACGCCUUCUGUAAUAUCCAUGAUGUCUCGUGGGGUACCAAGGGUGUUCCCGUGGCAAAGGACUUGGGUUCUGCCAAAUCUGUUGGUAACAAGAAGGACGAAUUGGUCAUGAUUGCUCCAGGGGUUACGGAAGAGGUAAACGAUACAUAUUUAGAUAUCUUGGACAGCUUGAGAACAGACCCUCCCGUUCCAAAACCACCCAAGAAGAGGACUAAGGACGACUCCUACUACGCCUUCGUCAGAACGAUGACUGUGCUCGUGUGGAUGUUGUCCAACGCUAUUCUUAUUGCUGUUGUGUUAGAAAUCGGAGGUGUUGCUACAUUCACCGGUGACGACACUAUCAGUAAGGAUGACUCCAUCAGCGGUAACUCGGAAGUUUUCUUGACGAUUAUCUUGUGGAUUGUCGCUGGUCUUGCCGCAUUCAGAUUCAUUGGAUGUGUAAUGUUCCUUGUCCUUAAGUUAUUCAGACCAUUGAAAUGGAGACUUAAGGCCAGAAAGGAAGUCAGUAGAGCUAUGCAACAACAAUAG